AUGGGUGCUCCUGCAGCAGCCACGGACGACCUCGGCGCCUCCGCGAGCAACGGCUUCCCCGGUGGUCCCUCCUCGCCUGCCCCGCACAGACAGAACGACUUCACAUCCCGGCCAAUCACGCCCUUCGGCCCUUCGUCGUCGUGUGCCCCCGCCUAUCCACGCCCCCAUCCCCCCCCCUCCCUCCGUGGGCGCGGGCGACAUAGCAGAGCGGCACUGCCACCACCGCCGCCGCCGCCGCCGCCGCCGCCGCCGCCGCCGCGGCCAAGCCUGUCCUGCCGCGAAAUUGGAGGCCGGUUCCCAGCACCCAUACCACGAGGUGCCACUUCCCCGCACCCCGACCUGGAGCCUGGCACCCAUUCGAGCCAACAAACCGAUUGGCGUCUUGAGCACCGCCAAUCCACGCCCUCGUCCUCGCUCCCUGACGCCGUCGCCCUCGCCGUCGGGCCAAACGCCAUGCCUCCGGUGAAGGAUACCCGGGAUAUAUCACCAUCGACGCCACCCCACCAUCGAAGUGACCAACAGCUCCUGCGCGCCCACCCUUCCCGCCCCCCAUGCAGCCGGCGACCGCAGCGCCUCGCCAAUGGCUCCGUAAAACACGUCACUGCAAGACCCGCGCUCGGCCCCCUCGGCCCUCUUCUCAUGCGCCCAAAAGCUCUCUUCAUUUACUUCUAUUUUCUGGAGUUCUCGAAAGUUCUCGAAAGUUCUCAAGAGCUCAGAAAGUUUUCUAAGUUCUCCAACUACCGAGGAAAAGCGACGAUAUCAAAUCAUUACAAAAUGAUUCUGCGUCCACUUGCAGCUUCAAUCUGA